GAAGAAACAAACUGAAAGUAGAGUUUUUAUGGAAGCAGUUUUUUAUCCCGAGUUUUCACGUGCACGGCGUAGGAAAUGUUCUCAAGACCUGAGUUUUAUAAUACGAAUAACGCUUAACCAAUAUCUAUGAGUGAUGUAGAUCAUAUUGAGACGAUGUGUGGAGUACAUGAUUGUGACAACCAGUUCAGUUGAAGGUGCAUCAGGACAUGACUUCACACAAAGGGGAAUAAUCGACAGAGCAUGGCAUCAACAGCUUUUCUGAUAGCAUGCUGCAUUAGCAAUGACUCGGUUGUAAUAAACAGUGAUAUUCCAUCAGGGAAAACCAACUUUGAGAUAGGAGUGAUCAGUGCCAUCACUCUUACAGUGGCUGUGUUCAGUACGGUUGGAGUAACGGUGAUACUGUAUCCAUGGAACGUUGAUCGACAUCUCGAGAGAAACAGUCGUUAUAUUGUUCAGAGCACAGACCUUCUGUAUGUGACAAAAGCUCUCCUUCUUUCUGAGGUGCUAGCUAAUAUAGGCCUGAUAGUGCGGGCGGUGAUGUGGAUUUCUGGUGCCUACCCUGCUGAAGGCGCUCAUUCCUGGCAGGAUUACAAACAUAUCUCCUGUAUUUUCACUUCAGUAUGGGUCCAGUACUUCUUCACCUGUGCAGUCUUUUGGCAUGUUGUGUACGGUGUUGAAACUUUUCUCACCAGUAAAGGCAAGAAAAGCACCAGUUUUAUGAAGCAUUUCCUUGGCUGGGCGGUCCCUGCUGCCCUCUGCUCCAUCAUAGCAUUCCUGGGCUACAGACCCUCAAACAGCAGUUGUGGAGCGAGUGAGCAGUCUGUGCGGGCAGUCAUGUACGUGAUGUUCCUGUGUCCGGUUGUACUGGCCAUCAUCACCAUGGUCAGCUUCUUUUGUCGGGCAAGCAGGGAAGUAAAGCGUUCCCUGAUUCGACGAUAUGGGAGGUUCACACCUUUAGAGAGGGCCACAGUGGAAAACUUGCAGGUUAAGUUCGCCAUCAUAUCUCUGGCCUUCUGUGUAGGCUGGGUUCCAAAUGUUUUGAACGGCAUCUUUAUAAAUGUGCUGGAUGAGAGGUCUUCUGACGUAAUCCUGGUUUUCCUCGUGCUGGAGGCUGUGCUCAAUCCAUUCCAAGCUGUAAUAGACAGUAUGGUUAUGUUCGGCUGGCCUCCCGCUGGUUGCUGUGGUAUAUUCCGCUCCAAUCACUAUGGCAAUAGUCACCAUAGCAACAUCAACGAUCUUCAGGUUUCUGGGAGAUCAGAGGCAGUGCCGGAUGAGACAGAUCCUCUGUUAAGUUUUAGUCAUAACAGGCAAAGGCAACAUUAAAGGCAUUUAGUUAGCUUCCAAUGAUCCAUUCAGAGCAUCAAGUCAAUUGUUGUUAGUAUGAUUUGGGCUUAUUUCAUAUCAUUUUAGAGUGCAAUUAUGGUGGGGUGAAUGGGGGUGUUUGAAUAAACAAGACACAGAUGGGCGCACCGCUCAGUCUUGUCACUGUCACAGGUUGUUUGUCAGGGGUAGUUAAAGAAAUCCGUGAUGCAACCAUAAACUAUCAUUAAUACAAACAUUGAUAUACAUUUAAUGAUCAGUUGUAUUGAGGAGUGUUCUGUUAAUUGUAUUAGCAUAACUAUCGUAAUUCGCAAACUGUGGACUCAAAGCAAAGGGUCAUUUUGUUUUACAGAUAGUAGCCAAUAUAUCGCAAUUUUGUUAUAUAUAGUUAAAUACAUGUAAAUUUUAUAACGAUGCUGACUGCACUUCUUGGUUCUGCAGUAUGUAAUGUAAUAAAUGAAACAUUUUGUUUACAAUUUUAAAUUUAGCUUCUUUGAUAUUAACGAGGAAGUUCUGUUUGGAGUGUUUGUAAUGACAAUUUUUGAAUGAUUGUUUGAUUUACAACUUUUAGGGGGUUAUCUUUUGAUAGUUAUUUAUGCUUGUGUUUUAUACUUGCUUUUAGAUCUGACAUAUUUACAUUCCUAUGCACUAUUUUUUUUACACAUUUAAAUUUUUAUGUUAUUGUUUUAUUGAUUUUAUUGUUUCUUUACUUCGGUACUUUAGUUAUUAUUUAUUAUGAGUUGACAGUUUUGAAGUAAUAUUUGGGUUGUAAAAAUGUGAUGAAAUGUUGUUGAGUAUUUGUAAUGUUAGUGAUCACACAACCAUGCACCUAUUAUCCAACGACACAUUCUGUUAACUGUAAUCAUGGACUCCGUCUAUACAUACAUGAGUAAUUAUAAAUCUCGGACAAUACUUAUUUAAGAAAAAGUUAAAAAGUUAUUUAAUAUUUAUGUGAAAAACUACAGAAACAAGCUCAUUAGCCAAAAGUUUAAACAUAAACCCCUUUUAAUGGCACAGGAUAAACGCCAAAGAUAUAUUACACAACAACAAAAAAUCACAAACAAGAAACAUGGAAGAACAGCACAAAACUUCACAAAGUGCAUAUUAUUGUGAUCCCGACAUAAUAACUAAUAUCCAUACAAACAUACCUGAUAAAGAUGAGCACUAGCGUCGAAUCUACGUAUAGGAUGAUGAUGGAUAUAAGAUGAUCGUCAGAAGUAAUAAGUCCGUCAGGUCUCAGUCGUGGUCAGUCAAAGUCUGUCUGUUUCCUGCUAGCUGGUUCCCCACAUCAGCUUCUAUUAUACUGGUUAUCAUAAUUGAAUAAUGUGACUGGUUCCCAGAUCACAACACACCUCCCCCUUCUAUUUUUUAAGAUGUUUCAUUAUCUAUCUAGAUAUAUGAAAAUAGUAAAUAAGCCUUAUGUCAAUUUGACAAAGCUAAAAUAUACCCAACCAAUUGGGAAAUUAUUAUUUGUGAAAACUUCCCAAAUUCUCAUUAAAAAGAUCACUUAAAAACACCCAACCAUUGGAUGAUACCCCAUUAAAUGAAAUGUUUGAUAUUUACAAAUAUCUACAUAUAUAUAUAUAUAUAUAAAUGAAUGUCAACUGAGUAUUACUCACUUGAAAAUUACCCAGCCAUUGGGUUAUCACAUAAUAUUGAUUACUAAUUACCAUGCAUAACUGCCCAUACACAUAUUGAGCUAUAUGCAAAUAAAAUGUAAAAGUUUGACCCAACCAUUGAAAGAAAUUGAAUGUUAUUUAACGAAUCUGAGUUAUGGCUUAUUAUCUGUCUUCCAAUCUCCUUGUCGUUUAUAAUUUGUAUAAACGUCUGGUAUUUUCCAUAGUCAUGCUACAUAUGUCUUUUACGGUCGAGUUCCGACAUUUGGCUAUUUCAGCAGCUACAUCCCCAAUGAAUUUGGGAUUGUUCAUACUUGCAGCUUUUGACAUUUUCAGAUAUGGAGAAUCCGUUUCAAUUAAUAACCGAUUCUGUGGUACUUUCUGCAGUGCUGCUUGCUGAUAAUUGUCAAAGAACCAGACCAUUCCAGUAAACCCAAAAUAAGUAUUGGGAAAUUCAGACAGCCAACUUCUCAUGGUCUCAGUUGUACCAGUAAAGCAAUGUAAAUGAAAAGGUUGAUUUCUGGCAGUAUUCCCACUAGUUUUGAUGAGAUUUAAACAUCUUCGGUAUAAUUCUCCAGGUUCUUUGUCCCUUUGAUCUCUUAUAUGUAGAAUCACGGGAGUCCGGAUUGAGACCAAACUUAAAACCUCUACCAACAUCUUCUCUUGGUUCUCCCACUUCUCCUCUGGUUCCGUAUGAUCCAAUCCUACUUCACCCAAAGCCACAGCAUUGGCAAGUUUUAAUUGUUGAUCUAACUUACAAAGAAUUGACGGUAAACUGUCAAUGGAUGAAACGUUUCGUGGAUGCAUUCCUACAGAGGCUGAAAAACCAUGCCCAAGAUGUGUAUAAUCUCCCAAAAAGUGUUUGGGAUCGCAAAAAUUUGCUAUUCCACCUACUACUUCCACUGGAAUCUCUUGUUGAACAGAAAAAUUGUUGUCCAUGGCUUCAGAACUUGUUGGCACUGAACUGACUUGUUGAACAGGUGCCGUUGAAGUGUUUAUAGAAAUUGGUUGUACUGUAGACGAACGAGUAGAAAGUUGGACUGCAGCGUCGUCUGAGUUUGUAGAAUGCACUGUUCUUUUUCCUUCAGUUAGAGUAACUUCCAGAGUGUCGGGCAUGUUUCUACGAAAAUGAUGCCUAUCUUCAACUGACAGAGUUUGGAUAAGUUCUAAAAGGAUCCUCCAAUGUCCAACCAGUGCCCAAGAAUUAAUUGGGUUAAACUGGAAAUGUUUGGGACAAUCCCAAUUUUCAAGUUCUUUCCAUAAUUCCAACCACUCCUUUACUUCAUUUGUAAUAGGAACAUUCCUAGAAAUCCAAAUUGUUUUUUGACAAUAAUGAUAAAGUUUGACAAUACUACGUUUGCUAACAAUUUUCUCCGCGAGCCAAAACAAACUUUCAAGCCUAAAAUUAUGCAUUUGGGAAUUGUUCAUGUUCUUUUGAUGAAAUUGUUUUGGAAGAUGAUGAUAUUCAACGUGUUGACGAAGAUUUCUGAAAGCCCCACAAGACAGUGGACACGAUUGGUCAUUGAUACGCACAUUUGACCCUUUGUUUGGAACUGAAGUAUUGGGUCCUCUCUGUCUUAAUGUCCUAUCUCUUAGAAGUUGUGGAUCUUGACUGGUUUCAUCAUCUGAGAUUACUAUUACAUUUGAGUUUGAGUUUAUAUUGUUAUUCAUGUCAACCUCCAUAGCUUCAUCCAAUAUAUUGGAUUCUAAUUUCACAGGGAGUAUUGUCUCAUUAAUUUGACUAGAAGAGAUGUCAAUAGAGUCUUUAAUUUCAGUUUCCACCAUCUCAUCUUCACCCAAAAAUUGGGGUUCCAGAUCCAAAAUGGGAACAGAUGUAUUAAUUUCAGUUUCCACUCUUUCGUCACCGCCCAACAGAUUGGGUUCCAAAUCUAAAUUUGAUUCAGUUGUAUGUAUUCCACCCAGGUCUUUGGGUUCUAAAUCCAAAAGUGAGUCAUUUGAAAUUGAUUCAGUUGUAUGAUUUCCACCCAAGUCUUUGGGUUCUAAAUUCAAUAGUGAGUCAUUUGCCAUAUCAUCUUCAUCACCCAAAAGAUUUGGGAUAACUUCAUCUGGGGUAACAAUAGAGUCAACACUGAAAGAGUCCACCGGUUCACUUUUAACAGUAUUUCCCAAAAAGCGAAUAUCCCUACUAGAAAAAACGUCAUUACCAGUGUCUGUUGAUAAACAGGAGUUUCCCUUUUUAAUAGGUUGGUUACUCUUUCCCCAAAUUGAUUCCAAUGAUUUUAAACAUUCGGUCGUUAGAAUAUUAUCUGCAUAACUUUUGGCCUCACGGAUGAACUUAAAAUUCCUACGACUCUGUGCAAUUUGGCAUUGUUCUGUAACAAUCAUAUUAAUCUUUUCUUGGUCCUUGACCAAACCUAAUUGAAAGAUCAAUAAUUUGGCAGAUGGCAUCUGUACUUUGCGAGAACAUAAGGUUUCCAUUUCCCGUACAAUAUCAUCGGGAUUAAUUGGAAUUAUCCGUUCUGUUUCUUUCCAUGACCUUUUUGGGCUCCCUUCCAAAGACUCGGAAUCUGUCAUCCUGUAAAGUUAAACCAAAUUCCAUUAUCCUGAGAUGCCCUUAUUCUCCUUCUCGCAAGCCGUACAAUCAUACAUACUCAGUCACCCACUCCUCCCUCCAUCAUUCAAACAUCGCUCAUAAAAACAUAUCCUUACAUUCAUCACAGUGUAUCCUACAUUUAAUCUCUGUUUGUGACGAAGUCAUAUAACUUUUAAACGUCUUUAGGUUUUUAUUUUGAACAAUUCUGAACAACUAAUUGCAACUCAAUACACUUCGCUUUUAAGCAUAUAGCGUUAUCAAUAGCGUCUUCAGCAAUAUAUAUAUUCUAGUUAUAUAAGUUCAUUUAUAAUAAACUUUCUGUAUAAUAAUUUAUCAUGAUUCUUUAUAUCAUGCUUGGUAAUCUUGAACUUAUUAUAAGUGCUUUCAGUGCUUUGAUUUGUUUAAUGUUAUUCUUUACAGUUCUCCCCCUUUUUAUUAAUUUAGACAUUUAUUAUGGGUGAAUGUUUUGAACAAAGUGUUGCUCUAGAAGUGGUGUAUAUGCUUUUAUUUGUUGGGCAUUUAGUGUUGAGAAAACAUGUACUGUUGAUAGUGUUUCUCUUGAAUUGGUAUACUGUAUGUGUUUAUUUGUUGGACAUUGUUAUUAAAACAUAUACUGUUGAUAAAACAUUGAACUGAA